UUUUCUUUUCCUAUUCUAAUAUACUCCGUAGUUCUUUUUGACCCUUUUGCAGAAUUUCACCAUAGUUUAAUCCUCUUGCAAAUUUCUCUACUUUAUUCAAUUUGCAAUUUCCUAUCAUCGACGGGUCCAAUUAUGAAUAAACAAAAAUCAAUUACCUCAUUCUUUAAGAGGAAAGAGCCAGAGAAUGAUACAACCCCAACUAAUGGAGAUGAAACCCCAAUUAAUGGAGAUGAAACCCCAAUUAAUGAAGAUACAAACCCUAUGAGAACAUAUUCAUCUAUUAGGGGAAUGAGUAUAAUUGAAUUGGACAAUGUAGAUAUCUCUACUCUAGAACGAGACCCAGGGUUACGCCGGCCGAUAUGGGAUUAUCCAGUUGAGAAACGAAAUGAAAUAAGACGAGCUUAUAUAAAAUUGAAGCUUUAUCAACCUCGUUUACCUGAUUAUCCUCUUUCAGGGCCUGAGAAUCAUCGUCGUCGAUUUCAAUCUGAUUGGUUUAAUAAGUUUCCGGAUUGGCUAGAAUACUCACCUUCAAAAGAUGUUGUGUUUUGUUUUCCUUGUUAUUUGUUUGCUGAACCAAAUGCUCGUAUAAAAGUAUUUACUUCAACAGGAUUUAGAAAUUGGAAAAAGGUGAAUGAUGGAAAACGAUGUGCUUUCCUUGGUCAUGUUGGUACGGGUCCAUGCUCAAUACACAAAAAUGCAGUUCUAUCUUUUAGGACACUUCCAAAACAAAAGAGUCAAAUACCUAAUGUUUUAAACAAGCAGAAUGAGAAGCAAAUCAAGUUGAAUCGGUUGCGUCUGAAGGCCUCUAUUGAUACUAUUCGCUUGUUAACUUUGCAAGGUUGUCCUUUAAGAGGCCAUGAUGAGUCAAAUAAUUCAGAUAACCAGGGAAACUUUCGUGAAUAUAGAAAGGUGUUGGCUACAUAUAAUAAAGAUGUUGCCAAAGCAAUAAGACAAGCUCCAUAUAAUUCUAAAUAUACUGCCCCUUCGAUCCAAAAAGAGAUUCUCCAUAUUAUUUCUAAUAAGGUACGCAACAACAUUAGACAAGAAAUAGGAGAUUCUAAAUAUUGUAUUCUUGUUGAUGAGGCGCGAGAUGAAUCUAAAAGGGAGCAGAUGGGUCUUGUUUUGAGGUUUGUUGACAAAAAUGGGUCAAUUAGGGAGCGCUUUUUUGAUCUCAUACAUGUUCCAGAUACUUCUGCAGCAACACUUAAAAGGGAAUUGUGCGUAGUUCUUGCUCGACAUAAUUUAGCUAUUGAAAAUAUUCGUGGACAAGGAUAUGAUGGUGCAAGUAAUAUGAGAGGUGAGUGGAACGGUUUGCAAGCAUUAUUUAUGUCUGAUUGCCCAUAUGCUUAUUAUAUCCAUUGUUUUGCUCAUCGCUUACAACUUUCUUUGGUUGCUGCUUCUAGAGAUGUUAGUAUAAUACAUCAAUUUUUUUCGAAUUUGUCUUUUGUUGUCAAUGUUGUUGGUUCAUCUUCUAAACGACUUGAUGAACUACAUGCAACCAAAGCGGCUGAAAUUAAGUUGUUGUUAUCUAUUGGUGAACUUGAAAGUGGUAGAGGGGCUAAUCAAAUGGGUACCUUGAAAAGAGCUGGAGAUACACGUUGGGGUUCACAUCUUUAUUCAAUCCAAAGUUUGAUGAAAAUGUUUAAUGCAAUAGUGUCAGUCCUUGAACACGUUGUGGGUGAUAAAUCUUGUACUUCUUCUCAACGUGGAGAUGCUGAUGGUGCUUUGAAUCUCAUGGUUUCCUUUGAUUUUGUGUUUGUUGCACUUCUUAUGGUGGAAAUAUUGGGAAUUGCUGAUGUUCUUUGCCAAGCUUUACAACAAAAGUCUCAAGAUGUUGUGAAUGCUGUGAGAUUAGUAUCUACAAGUCAAGCUCUUAUUCAAGGAUUGAGGGAAAAUGGUUGAGAAAAGUUCUUAGAAUCAGUUGAACUAUUUUGUCAGCAACAUAAUAUUCUUGCACCUGAUAUGAAUGCCUCUUAUAUAGCUCGUAGGGGUCGAGCUCGUCAUCAACAAGAUCAAGUUACCAUGAAUCAUUUUUAUCGAGUUGAAAUAUUUCUGGCUACGAUUGACAAACAGUUACAAGAGUUAAAUCGCAGGUUUAAUGAUAAAGCAUUGGAGCUCUUAUCCUUGUCAUCGUUGUUAGAGCCUAAGGAUGGGUUCAAAAGUUUUGAUGUCGGAAAAAUAUGCACACUUGCAGAAAAGUACUAUCCCAUGGACUUUACAGAUCAAGAGAGGUUUAAUUUAAGAUAUCAAUUGCAACACUUCAUUUGUGAAGCAAAGAUUGAUCCAAAUUUUAAAAACCUUUCUAACUUGCAGGAGGUUUGUGAAUAUUUGUCUCAAACAGAAAAGUCAAAUGUAUAUUAUUUGUUUGAUAGGUUAAUACGUCUUAUUUUGACUCUACCUGUUUCUACAACUACUACAGAAAGGGCAUUUUCAGCUAUGAAGAUUAUGAAAACAAGGUUGCGUAACAAGAUGGAAGAUGAGUUUUUAGCCGAUAGCUUGGUUAUUUAUAUUGAGAGGAAAUUAGCAAAGACUUAUAGCAUAAAGUCUAUUAUUGAUGAUUUUAAAUUGUUGAAAGAGCGGCGAGCAUUACUGUAAUUGUGUUAAAUCAAAUGAUCGAGAUUGUGAUACUUAUUUCUUAA